AUGGCGGCCGCCCCGUCGCGUCCGUUUGACUAUCUCGAAAGCCUUCCCGGAACUGUCUUCUUCAAGCUCUACCAGCAGCCAUCCACCGCUCUUGCUAUUUUCAGGCGCAUGCUGCCUGACCUGGCAAAAUGCUUCGUGAUGGCCCUUUUAUACCUGAAGGAUCCGCUUCCCGCGGCGGAUCUGGAGAUCUGGGUGAGAUCGGAGAGCUUAAAAGAACGAGAUAAUGCUUUGUCGAUACUAGGAAGGCUGCAUAUCCUGUCCAAUACGACGACCGCUGAUAAUGUCCGGGCGUAUAUGGUCACCAACCCGUUUGCUGCCUCGCUUCGACAAGCCCUUACUGGUGCUGAACAGACACAGUCCUUUGGAGUACUCUCUCGAAUAUCGGACGAGGAGCGUGUUUCCAUCCCCGAUCUCGAUGAAUAUGCGCGCCGACAGUGGGAGGGGGUGUUGGGAUACAUGGUCGGUACGAGUGGUCUAGGCAUCCAACGUGACGCAAACCUGAGCAAAGGGGUGAAACAGCUGCUACAAGCCGGGCAUCUUGUUGAAGUCAGAGACCGCCGUGUUGAGAUUACUCAAGACGGGUUCGCAUUUGUCUUGCAGGAUGUUGGGACGCAAGUCUGGCAUGUUCUGAUUCUCUACGUUGAAAGUGCCGAGGCUAUUGGGAUGGACAGCGUGGAAGUGCUCUCGUUUAUCUUCCUUCUUAGCAGCUUGGAACUCGGCAGGACAUAUGAGAAGAAGCAUUUGACGUCCAACCAGCUUCGCACCCUCACCGAUUUGGCAGACUUUGGCAUCGUUUAUCAGGACUCUCCCGAAGCUAGUCAUUUCUACCCUACUCGCCUUGCAACCACCCUUACCUCGGAUUCGAGUGCACUGAGCAACCCUAUAUCCGGAAAACUCUCCGGUCCUAGCAAUGGUGAUGCCGGUCAACCUGGUUCCGGCUUCAUUAUCAUCGAGACGAAUUAUCGACUCUACGCCUACACAUCUUCACCGUUACAAAUCUCACUCAUAGCACUUUUUACGACACUCAAAUACCGCUUUCCGAACCUCAUCACGGGAAAGAUUACCCGACAGUCUAUUCGUCGAGCGAUCGAAAUGGGUAUCACUGCGGACCAGAUCAUUUCAUACCUUGCUACGCACGCACAUCCGCAGAUGCGGAAACACAAUGUCUCACGGUCCACAUCGAACCAGGCCGGAAUACCACCAUCAGUCCUUCCACCUACAGUUGUUGACCAAAUUCGUCUCUGGCAGCUGGAGCGUGAUCGAGUCAAAGCUACAGCGGGGUUCUUGUUCAAGGACUUUGUCAGCCUUGCCGAGUAUGAGGCACCAUGUCGGUAUGCCGAUGAAAUUGGUGUCCUGAUCUGGAAGUCGGACCGAAAAAGGAUGUUCUUUGUGACCAGACAUGAACAGGUUGCGGCUUUUUUACGGAGUAGGAAAUAA